GCAUAACAGAUCAAUUUGACAACUCCGUGAUAUCGGAGGAUACAAACAAGAAAGUUUGUUAGCUGUUGUUGGAGUUCAUUGUUGCUCAAGAUGCGGGCACACCCAACUUGGGUGGAUAAAGUCCAGGAUAAAACGGAGCAAUGCAUUUAUGAUCUGUGUUUUAAUCCUGAUGGGAGUCAACUCAUUGUUGCUGCUGGCCAGCAAGUACUUGUGUAUGAAUCAGAGAAGGGGGUGUUGAUUCAAACUUUAAAAGGUCAUAAGGAUACAGUGUACUGCGUAUGCUACGCAAGAGACGGGAAAAAAUUUGCGUCGGGCGGUGCCGACAAGAGCGUGAUCGUGUGGACCUCAAAGCUCGAAGGAAUCCUGAAAUAUUCCCACAACGAUGCAGUCCAGUGCAUGCAGUUCAACCCAGUGUCCCACCAGCUCGUCAGCUGCUCAAUAUCCGACCUCGCCUUUUGGUCCUCCGAGCAGAAGGCAGUCCAAAAACACAAGUCUGGGGGUCGAGUCAACUGCUGCGCCUGGACAAGAGACGGUCAAUACCUAGCGAUUGGCUUAGCAGCUGGCUACGUGUCUAUCCGAAACAAAAACGGCGAAGAACAAGCGAGAAUCGAGAGAUCAGGAGCAACAUCCAUAUGGAGUUUAUCCUGGGGUUCCCUGAAGGACGACUCCAACAUGGACGUCCUCUGCAUCGCCGAAUGGGGCGGAACCAUAUCCUUCCACACCCUAUUCGGCAAACAAAUCGGUCGCGAGAGAAUUCUGAACUUCAUUCCCCUGAAAAUCACGCAUUUUCCUGAAGGCCAGUACCUCCUGGUGGCCGGGAGCAAUAAAAAAUGUCUCCUGAUGACCCACGAGGGGAUCCAGCUGGCGACAGUGGGCGACGGUUUCUCCUCCUGGGUCUGGAGCUGUGCAGUCCACCCCUCCUCAUCCCAAGUGGCUGUGGGAAGCCAGGAUGGCACGAUCACCUACCUCCAGAUGACCUGGAGCAUCGUCCACGGUCUCUACGGGGAUCGUUACGCCUACCGCGAGAACAUGACUGACGUGAUAAUCCAGCAUCUGACGACAAACCAAAAGGUCCGAAUUAAAUGUAAAGAUUUGAUUCAGAGAAUUGCAGUCUACCGAGACAAACUAGCAGUUCAAUUACCAGAACGAGUGAUCAUCUACGAACCCUCUGGCACCAACGACAGCAUGCACUACAGGAUUCAGGAGAAACUUCCGCAGACCCUGGACUGCAAUCUCCUCGUGGUGACGUCCAACCACUUGGUGUUGUGCCUCGAAAAACGACUUCAGAGCCUAUCGUUCACUGGAGUCGUAGAGAGAGAGUGGAUCCUAGAUAGCCCUAUCACGUACAUCAAAGUGGUUGGAGGCCCAGCAGGCAAGGAGUGCCUGGUGGCGGGUCUGAAGAGCGGUCAAGUAAUGAAGAUUUACCUGGACAACCCGUUCCCCGCACAUUUGGCCAAGGUCGAGGGCCCUAUUCGCUGCUUGGACGUCAGUUCACUCAAAGAAAAACUGGCUGUCGUCAGUGAAACCAACACUUUAUCAGUAUUCGAUCUUUACACCGAAGAGAAACUCCAGGAGUUCUACGACGUCACGAGUGUCGCCUUCAACCGUGCCUUCGAGGACAUGAUGUGCUUCUCCGGUAGAGAUUACUUAGCAACUAAAGUCGCAAAUUUCCCGGAGUACAAGCAAAAGUUCUGUGGAUUUGUCGUUGGGCACAAUGGCUCGAAAGUCUACUGCAUAAAUGGAACCAACAUCAUCAGAGUUGAAGUUCCACUGUCCUCGACGAUGUACCAAUAUCUGGAGAUUGGAAUGUUCGAUGAGGCUUAUGCAAUCGCUUGUCUCGGGGUGGCUGAGAGUGAUUGGCUGGCUCUGGGAAUUGCAGCUCUUGAUAAAUUGGAGUUGAACAUAGCUCAUGCUGCAUUUGCGAGACUCAAGAAACUACGUUACAUUGAAAUUGUGUCUGAUAUUGAAGAGAAGUUGAAGUCUGGGGAGUGGGGGAAGGAGGCCUGCAUGGCGACAGCUGCUGCGGCGAUGGGGAGGCUGCGAGAGGCUGCGAGACUUUACCAAAAAGCUGGAUUGCAGCAGUACGCUCUUGACAUGUACUCUGACCUGAGGAUGUUCGAUAUAGCCCAAGAGUUCAUAGCAGCUGGGAACACGCAGGAUAGAACAGUUCUCCUUCGAAAACGUGCGGAGUGGGCGAAGAGUUUGGGAGAGCCUCGAGCAGCCGCAGAGAUGUUUCUAGCAGCUGGUGACAUCCAGAGAGCCAUAAACAUCAUAGCGGAGUACGGAUGGAUUGAUAUGUUGAUAAAGGUUGGGAGACAAUUAGACAAGGCUGAGCGCGACAGUCUGUCCAUCAUUGCGAAGAAGCUGAAGCAACUGGGAGCGACUCAUGGAGCUGCUGAGAUCUUCAGUCGUCUGGGGGACGACCCGGAUGUUGCUGAUGUUCUUGUUGAUGCUCAGGCCUGGCCAGAGGCCUUCGAACUUGCAGAGAGGAACCCCAAGUUGAAGUCCAGGGUGUAUGGACCAUAUGCGAGGUGGCUGGCAGAGACUGGGAGAUUCUCAGACGCUCAGAGGGCUUUUCAAACUGCUGGACAGCCUGAAGAGUCGAUCGUCGUCCUCACGACAUUGGCGGGUAACGCAGUCUGCGAGAGGAGAUUCAGGGAUGCUUCUUAUUUCUACUGGCUUCUCUCGCAAUUGAGUUUAGAGUUGAACAAGAAUCCCGAGGAGAUUAAAAUUAUAUUUACGGAGUAUUCUGAUAAAGCUGAUGUGUAUUAUGCGUAUUAUGAGGUGUUUAAGUACAUGGAGGAGCCUUUUACGUCGUUAAUGCCUGAAGCACUCUUCAAUAUCUCUCGAUUUUUGUUGAUGAAGAUUCAGGGAAUGAGAGUCGAUGGGAUUUCGAAACUUACGAUAACUUAUGCACUGGUGAAACAGGCGAGGAUUCUUGGUGCUAAUAAAUUAGCGAUGCAGCUGUUGGAGAGGCUGAGGGGAAUGAAGGUUCCAGAGCAUCUUCAGGCGCAGAUUGAAGUGUCGACUCUGGGGGCUAGAGCUUAUCAGUACAGGGACCCUGAGGAACUGCUGUCACUGUGUUAUAGAUGCUCGACGUUCAACAGCCUCCUACCAGCGAAUAAUACUUCUAGCAACAGGUGUAUCCAAUGUGGACUCAAGUUCCAACACUCUUUUGUCAUGUUCGAGACUCUCCCUCUCGUGGAGUUUGAACUGGACAAUGCUAUCACUGAUGAGGAAGCUGAGAAGUUGAUUGAGGAGUCUGUGCCUUCUGCUGAUAAUUCUUCUGUCGUCGAGGACCAGUUGACGAUAAAUCGUAAUGAGGCUGACUUGUUCACUGCGAGGCUGAUCAAGUUUGAUGAUAAGACUGGAGGAUCGAUGAUCAAGGUUGGCAGGGGGGUUUUGAGGAGUAUGGAACCAUCCAGUGUGCUAAUUGUUAAGUGGCCAGAGCCUUUCAAGACUAGGUAUUAUAGGAAUCUGUUGACUGAUCUCCAGGUUACCUUCUGCAAAUCGUGUCUGAGGUUCUUCCACGCAGACGACUACGAAUUAGCGCUCCUCCGGCACGGCCACUGUCCCUUCUGCAGGAUCUCAAGUUCGUCAGUGAAUUGAUUGAACUCUAGAUUAAAAAUCACAUCACGUACCUGAAUUUAAAAAAUUGGUAGCAUUUACCAUGUGUGAUCGAAGGUCGGAUGAUACCCUUUGAUCAGUAAUAAAGGCAUCGGAUAUCUAAAUCCUGUUGCUAAUAUGUGCGAGGGAUCUUCACUGUCUAGUUGAUUGUUGCCUUUCGAGGGAAAAUUGAUAAACGGUUUCUCGAAAGAGCUGUUAAUGAAUAAUUAAUAAUUUAUCAACCGCUUCUAAUUAUCAAAGAAAACUCCUUCCGUGGGUCACUCUGCGCUCAUAUCCAGCAAUAACUAAUACAAUUAAUCGAAAGCUAGCAGCCAAUAUUUCGAGAGCGGAAAGGACUCCUCUCCAGGGCCAAAUUUAUUCAUCUAUAAUAAUCAACAAAAUACAAGGAGAUGUAUAAAACCCUAACAACCUCA